CGGCUGCCAGCACUUCGGGGCUUUACGGCUGCGCGCACCUCCUUUUUUUCUCUCCACUCGCCAAGAUGGCCGUGGCAGGGACUCUCUACACUUACCCCGAGAACUGGCGGGCCUUCAAAGCCCUCAUCGCUGCCCAGUACAGUGGGGCCAAGAUCAAGGUUCUCUCCAGCCCGCCCCACUUCCACUUCGGCCAGACCAACAAGACCCCCGAAUUUCUGAAGAAGUUCCCCGUAGGGAAGGUUCCGGCCUUUGAGGGCGAUGACGGUUUCUGUGUGUUCGAGAGUAACGCUAUUGCAUAUUAUGUCAGUAAUGAUGAGUUGCGAGGUGCAACCAAGGAGACAGCUGCUGAGAUUGUCCAAUGGGUGAACUUCGCUGACAGUGACAUCGUUCCCCCUGCCAGCACCUGGGUGUUUCCCACACUGGGCAUCAUGCACUACAACAAGCAGGCCACAGAGUUCGCAAAGGAGGAAGUGAAGCGGGUCCUGGGGAUCCUGGAUUCCCACCUGAAAACCCAGACAUUCCUGGUGGGAGAGCGCAUCUCGCUGGCUGACAUCACGGUGGUGUGCACCCUCCUCUGGCUCUACAAGCAGGUGUUGGAACCGGCUUUCCGGCAACCCUAUGUGAAUGUCAACCGCUGGUUUGUGACGUGCCUCAACCAGCCGCAGUUUAAGGCUGUGCUGGGUGAUGUGAAGCUCUGCGAGAAGAUGGCCCAGUUUGAUGCCAAAAAAUUUGCUGAGAACCAGCCGAAGAAAGACACCCCCAAGAAGGAGAAACCAGCCAAGGAGGAGAAGAAGCAAGAGAAGAAGGAAGAGAAGAAGCCAGCACCUGAGGAAGAGCUGGAUGAGUGUGACCAGGCCCUGGCUGCUGAGCCCAAAUCCAAGGAUCCUUUUGCACACCUACCGAAGAGUCCGUUUAUCAUGGAUGAGUUCAAGCGGAAGUAUUCUAACGAAGACACGCUGACCGUGGCCCUGCCCCACUUCUGGGAGCACUUUGACAAGGAGGGCUGGUCGAUUUGGUACGCAGAAUACCGCUUCCCCGAGGAGCUGACCCAGACCUUCAUGAGCUGUAACCUCAUCACAGGCAUGUUCCAGCGUUUGGACAAGCUGCGUAAAAAUGCCUUUGCCAGUGUCAUCCUCUUUGGUACCAACAACGACAGCAGCAUUUCCGGUGUCUGGGUCUUCCGGGGCCAGGAGCUGGCCUUCACGCUGAGUCCAGACUGGCAGGUGGAUUAUGAGUCCUACACCUGGAGGAAGCUGGACAGUGAUAGUGAGGAAUGCAAGACACUGGUCAAGGAGUAUUUCAUGUGGGAGGGAGACUUCAAACAUGUUGGCAAAUCCUUCAACCAGGGCAAGAUCUUCAAAUGAGGCUGCUGCUGUGUGCAGCACUGCACGAACUGACCAUGGAGGGUGAGGCCUGGUGGCCAGAGUGCUCCCAGGCUGCUGUGAGCUGGUCUCUGAGGUGGGGACUGGGACAAACGUCUGUGACUCGAACAAAAAUAAAACCCCAGAUGUGCUAGUA